UGGUUAGUCAAAUCACACAAGGUCCUUGGUGCGUAGCUACUUUUGUCUAGAACAUAUUUUACCAUAGCCCCUGAAGUGAGACUUGGGAAUCUCACUGGAAAGGAGGACGCUUUGCUCGGAACUUUUCCCAGUCGGACCCCGAAUGCCAUCUCUGGGAUUCCCCAGUGUCUGAUUUCCAGUGUUGGUGAUUUCCCAUCUGGUUGCCAGCAAAUCCCAAGGGUCCUCUGAGACUGAGUCUGGGUCAGAAUCUGACACCUGCUUGAAGGAUGAACUCCUGCAUCAUCGUAAUGAGGCUGCUGCUGUCCGGGCCUUAUCUCUUUGCCCUGGUCUCCAGCUACAACCUGGACGUGCGGCGUGUGCAAAAUCUGUCUUUCCCACACGCCGGGAGGCACUUUGGGUACCGUGUCCUGCAGGUUGGAAACCGGGUUGUUGUGGGAGCUCCAGGUGAGGGGAACAGCACAGGAAACCUCUAUCAGUGCCAGCCUGACACUGGAAACUGCCUGCCAGUGAACUUGAGUGGUUCCAACUAUACCUCUAAGUACUUGGGAAUGACCUUGGUGACAGACCCCACAUAUGGAAGCCUUUUGGCUUGUGACCCUGGGCUGUCUCGGACAUGUGACCAGAAUAUCUAUCUAAGUGGCCUGUGUUACCUCUUCCACCAGGAUAUGAAGGGUCCUGUGCUGCAAGGUCGUCCUGGUUACCAGGAAUGCCUAAAGGGCAACGUAGACCUGGUAUUUCUGUUUGACGGCUCAAUGAGCUUGCACCAAUACGAAUUUCAGAAAAUUGUGGACUUCAUGAAGGAUGUGAUGAAGAAACUCAGCAACUCUUCCUACCAGUUUGCUGCUGUUCAGUUUUCCACAACCUAUAAAACAGAAUUUAAUUUCUUGGAUUACGCGAAGCUGAAGGACCCUGACCUUCUGCUGGCCAACGUGAAACACAUGCGCCUGUUGACCAACACCUUUGGUGCCAUAAACUAUGUAGCGACCAAGGUAUUCCAGCAGGACCUUGGGGCCCGGCCAGAUGCCACCAGAGUGCUUAUCAUCAUCACUGAUGGGGAAGCUACUGACAGUGGCAACAUUGACGUGGCCAAAGACAUCAUCCGCUACAUCAUUGGGAUCGGAAAAUAUUUUGAGACCAAGAAAAGUCAGGAGACACUCCACAAAUUUGCCUCAACACCCACUAAAGACUUUGUAAAGAUUCUGGACACAUUUGAGAAGCUUAAAGAUCUAUUCACUGAGCUGCAAAAGAAGAUCUAUGUCAUUGAGGGCACAAGCAAACAUGACCUGACAUCCUUCGACAUGGAGCUGUCUUCCAGUGGGAUCAGCGCUGACCUCCACAAGGGCCGUGGCAUUGUGGGGACAGUUGGAGCCAAGGACUGGGCUGGGGGCUUUCUAGACCUGAAGGCAGACCUGCAGGAUGAUAUAUUUGUUGGGAAUGAGCCACUGACACAAGAAGUGAAAGAAGGGUAUUUGGGUUACACGGUGACCUGGCUGCCCUCCCGAGGUCUCAUGUCACUGUUGGCAGCUGGAGCCCCCCGAUUCCAGCAUGUAGGGCGGGUGCUAUUGUUUCAAGAGUCCAAGGACAAAAGACAAUGGAGCCAGAUCCAGGAGAUAAAUGGCACCCAGAUUGGCUCUUAUUUCGGUGGUGAGCUGUGUGGCGUUGACAUAGACCAGGAUGGGGACACAGAGCUGCUGCUGAUUGGAGCCCCCCUGUUCUAUGGGGAACAGAGAGGAGGCCGAGUGUUUAUCUACCAGAGAAAGCAGUGGGGGUUUGAAAGGAUCUCAGAGCUGCAGGGAGAUCCCGGCUACCCUCUUGGGCGAUUUGGAGCAGCCGUCACUGCCCUGACAGACAUCAACGGGGACAGGCUGACGGACGUGGCUGUGGGAGCCCCUCUGGAGGAGCAGGGGGCUGUAUACAUCUUCAACGGGCAGCGUGGUGGGCUGAGCAAACGGCGGAGUCAGCGGAUAGAAGGGAUCCAGGUGUUCCCAGGAAUUCGGUGGUUUGGACGCUCCAUCCACGGGGUGAAGGACCUCGGAGGGGACGGCCUGGCAGAUGUGGCUGUGGGGGCCGAGGGUCAGGUGAUGGUGCUGAGCUCCCGGCCUGUGGUGGAUAUCAUCACUCUGAUGUCCUUCUCCCCGGCUGAGAUCCCAGUGCAUGAAGUAGAGUGCUCCUAUUCAACCAGCAACAAGAAGAAGGAAGGAGUUAACAUCACAGUCUGUUUCCAGGUCAAGCCUCUCAUGUCCCAGUUCAAAGGACUCCUGGUUGCCAACCUCGCUUACACUCUGCAGCUGGAUGGCCAUCGGACGAGAAGCCGGGGAUUGUUUCCAGGAGGGAGACAUGAGCUCAGCAGGAACAUAGCUGUCACCCUAGUCAAGUCCUGCACUGAAUUCUGGUUCCACUUCCCGGUUUGCGUUCAAGACCUCAUCUCUCCCAUCAACGUCACCCUGAAUUUCUCUCUCUGGGAAGAAGAAGGGACAUUGAGAGACCAAAGGGCGGUAAGCAGAGAUCAGCUGGGGGAAUUGCAGGGUAAGGACAGACAGCCCAUCCUGAGACCCUCGCCACACUCAGAGACCAGGGAGAUCCCUUUUGAAAAGAACUGUGGAGAGGACAAGCAAUGUGAAGCAAACCUAGGGCUAUCCUUCCACCCUGCAAGAUCCAGAGUCCUCCGUCUAAGCCCCUCUGCCAGCCUCUCUAUGGAGCUGACACUGAACAACUCGGGAGAAGAUGCUUACUGGGUCCGGCUCAGCCUGAGUUUCCCCUGGGGACUCUCCUUCCGAAAAGUGGAGAUGCUCAAGCCCCAUAGCCAGAUACCUGUGAGCUGUGAGGAGCUUCCUGAGGAGCCCAAGCUUCUGACCAGGAGCCUCUCUUGCAAUGUGAGCUCUCCCAUCUUUAAAGCAGGCAGCUCGGUUGUUAUCCAAGUGAUGUUCCACACGCUGCUGAACAGCUCCUGGGGGGACUUUGCCAAGCUGCACGCCAAUGUGAGCUGUGACAAUGAGGACUCAGGCCUCCUGGAGGACAACUCGGCCACCACCAGCAUUCCAGUCCUGUAUCCCAUCAACAUCCUCACGGAGAACCAGGAGAACUCCACACUCUACAUCAGUUUCACCCCCAAGGGUACCAAGAUCCACCAGGUCAAGCACAUCUACCAGGUGAAGAUUCAGCCAUCUGAGCAUGACCAUAACAUGCCCACUCUGGAGGCUUUGAUUGGGGUUCCACCGCCUCACCGUGAGGGGCCCAUCACUCACACGUGGAGUGUGCAGAUGGAGCCUCCUGUCGACUGCCAGUAUGAGAAUCUGGAAAGGACACCCGGUGUGGCUGAGCAGCCUUGUUUGCCUGGAGCCCAGUUUCGCUGCCCAGUGGUCUUCAAGAAGGAGAUCCUCGUCCAAGUGAUGGGGACUGUGGAGCUGGUGGGGGAGAUCAAGGCCUCCUCUAUGGACAGCCUCUGCAGCUCCCUCUCCAUCUCCUUCAACAGCAGCAAGCACUUCCACCUCUACGGCAGCAACGCCUCCCUGGCCCAGGUCAUCAUGAAGGUUGACGUUGUUUAUGAGAAGGAUAUGCUGUACCUCUACGUGCUGAGCGGCAUCGGGGGGCUGUUGUUGCUGCUGCUGAUUUUCCUGGUUCUCUACAAGGUUGGCUUCUUCAAACGGAACCUGAAGGAGAAGAUGGAGGCUACGAUCGAUGCCUCCAAUGGAAUCCCUGGAGAAGACUCUGGGCAGCAGGAGUCUGAGAAGGAGGCCAUGGAUCCGAGCGGCCUGGAUCUCCUCCUCACGGAGAAGAACCAGGAUGGAGGUAGCACAGACUGAGGCCCAGGCCUGAUGCAGGGGGCCCAGGACUGGACUUGGGAUGUCUUGUAGCCAUCUGCCUUUACUUGCAUGUCACUCUGUGUCCUCUGGCAAGUCGCUGCCUCACCCUAGGCUCCAGUUUUUCUGUCUUGAACAUGGAGUUCAUUCCUACCUGCCUCCUUUGCAGGAUCAUGGUGAUUCACUGAGGGGUGGGCCAGGAAGGCUACCGAGGUGAGGCCUGGUAAUUUGGUGCUCCUGGCUUCUAUCAACCCCUCUUAGUUUCCUCCCCUGGAGGAGCAUGUCUGAUCUCAAUUUGAAGAAACUAUAGUCCCAGGACCCAGUGACAUUCCCGACCCUCACACCCACCUGUCCUUGGAGGUCCAUGGAGGUCCACAGAGGUCUCCAACUCCCAGAACUUGCCCUGCACUCUCUCCCGCAUGGAGUCCAGUCAGCUUUCCAUUCUGCUUCCUGAGAGCAGAUCUGCUACAUGUCACUCAUUGCUACUGCAGACCCCUUGCUCUUUAGCUAAAGACCAAAUUCCUUAACAUGCCCUACAAAAUCUGUGAAGUAUCCUUAAUGCAACACCAAUGCAAAACUGGGCCCUUUUGCCCUUCUGGCCUCCUGUAGAGAGAGACUUCCCACCUCCCUUCUAAGCUCCAGUUACACAGGCCUUUAUCACUUGCCAAGCUUUUUCUGCUCUCACUGCCUUCACCCAGAUAGCUCUCUCUGCCUAGAACAUCACCCUCCUUUUCCUAGCUAACUCUCUCAUCAGUCUCCAGGUCUCAGCUCAUGUAUCACUUUCUCAGGGCAGCCCCCUGACCCCGACUCAUUUGGGGUCUCAUAUAUGCAUGCAGACUAUUAUGCAAUUGUCUGUAUUAGCUGGGAUCAUAUUUGUUAAUUGUUAAAUAAUAUACUUAAUAUUCAUAUUUCAAAUCAAACAGUGAACUCCAUGGGUAGGGAUCAUACCUUGGGAACCCUAAUGAUAUCACAGAGCUAGACACAUAGUAGGUAAUUGACACAAUUUCAGUCAAUUAAUGAGAGAGCCAUGUGUGUGAUAAGAGGAACAAAUUUGGAUGGGCCCACAGCGGGCUCAGUCUUCCACAGGUGCCUGCCCCCUCGAUCCACAGCCCCGCCAGGACUCCAUCACACCCUCACUCUGGCCUCCACCAUGAGACUCUGAGCUCAUGUCCAUUCAUCUGGCUCCCACUGCCAAGCACACUGCCUGUGUAUAUUUACCCAAUAAAUGUGAAAUUCUGUCCAA